ACCCGGAACAGGCCCGCCCGGGGGACCCCGCCCGCCGGAGACCGAGCCCCGCCCCUCCAGCCCGCCCCCAGGCCCCGCCGCCGGCGCGAAGGGCCUGGGUCUUCGGGGCGGGACCUGGGCCGUAAGCCCCGCCCCCGGCUUCGGAGCCGUCCUCCCGCGCAGGCGCCUUGGGGCCCGCAGCCUCCCGGGUGGUGUCCCUGCCGCGGCCGCGGUGCUAUGGUGCCGCCGCCGCCUCUGUCGCCGCCUCUCUGCACGCUGCCGCCGGGGCCCGGGCCCCCGCGCUUCGUGUGCUAUUGCGAGGGGGAGGGAAGCGAGGACGGAGGCCGCGGCGGCUUCAACCUCUAUGUGACGGACGCCGCGGAACUCUGGAGCACCUGCUUCACGGCGGACAGCCUGGAGGCCCUCGCAGCUUUGGGGCGGUUCCGGAGUCUUGGGCAGCUGGUGACCAGCCCCUGUGCCCUGCAGAAAGCCCGUUUGGGCCUGAGUGCGGCUGAGGAGAUCACCCCCCGGUUCAGGGCGGCCUGUGAGCAGCAAGCUGUGACUUUCGCCCUGCGGGAGGAUGGAGCAUCCCUAACCCUUUCCGGGGGGCCCUGGGCCCUGGAUUUUGAGCUCUCCAAGGUGCCGGGCCCAGAGGCAGCCUCCAGGUUGCAGGCACUGACGCUGGGUCUGGCAGAGCAAGUGUGCAACUUGAAGAGGCAGCUGGCAGGCCUGCAGGCGGCAGCCGCCAGCCCCAAAAAGAGCCCUUGUCUGGCAGGGCCUCAGUUCUUCUUACCAGACCCCGACCCUCAGAGAGGCGGCCCUGGACUUGGGGUCAGGAGGCGGUGCCCAGGAGAGUCCCUCAUCAACCCUGGCUUCAAGAGAAACCAGCCAGUGGUGUAGACUUUGACAGCCCCUGAAGGCACAGCACAAAGUGUGACCCUGCCAGGAGUCUGCUCACGCGGUGGGGACAGCCCCUGAGACCCCACAGCCCGUC